CCUCCUCUCCACAUGCUUGUGUUUGUUGUGAACAGUGCCCUGAGACUGUCUCCUACGUAACUCUUGGAAGCUGCUUCCUUCCGUGUGAUUUUUGGCCUUGGUACAAAUGCCAUCUGUCCCUGUCCGUGCACAGUCUCUGCAUGCGUCUGGGGGUGGGCUGCUGGGAAGCUGUCUGAAAUUGAAACCAUGCGCAGCGUCCCUGGAGUGGAAUGCUUCACCUUCUGCAUGAUUAAUUUACAUUCCGGGAAACCCUACUAAAAUCUCUCACUUCCUGCAUGAUUCUAGGCCUAAAUGCUGUCGGCUGAGAAAUCCGCGGUCUCUGCUGAUGUGUCUGCCCUGUGAGCCCUAGACAGUGUCUCUAUGCAAAGCUCCCAUUCUUUUAUUUUUAGCCACCCUCUCCGGACUGUGACUGAGCCCUGCCUUGUCCAGCUGGCUCCUGUAGAAAUUAGGGUUACUAAAAAUAUACCAGAUAGUCAACAACCUGUCUUCAGGGCUGGGCUUCCUCUGCUUCAGGAAUUCUGUCCUCCGAAACCUUGCCGUGCCCUGGGGAUGUCCUCACUGCGGGAGCUGUGUCGAGACUGAUGUGAGACGGUUGGCAGUUAUGGGUGAUGGCAGCAUAGCCUCGCAGGUGAGCUGGGAGAUGAAGACGUUGAUUUCUGUGGUUCUCUCCUUGGCUUCUCUUUGGGCUCUCGCCUUGCUGGAAACUUCUCAGGUGAGAUGCCAGCAGUCUGUGCAGCUGGGAAUGGCACCCGACUCCUUCGAUGACCAAUACAUCGGCUGCACUGAAGAAAUGGAAACAGAUAUUGCACCUCGCCUGCUAGAGGAGGAAAAAGCCAAACACCCGCUGCUGGGCUCGAUGUGGGGAAACCUAUCGGCUGUUUGGGCAGUUAAGAAGAAAAGGCUUUCUGUGCCCAAGGGCUUUAGGGAUGAACAUGGCAUAGCCAUCCUGGUGUACACUGAUUCCUCCAAGCCACUGUACUGGAAGUUGAACAAGGCAGUGAGAGAGGCUGGGGUCUCCCGAGAUAACUACAUGAGCAAUUUCCACUUCAAAGCUCUUCAUUACUAUCUGACGAGAGCCCUGCAGCUCUUACGGGCUGACUGUGGCCACCUGUUCAGACACCAGCUGUUCCGAGGAGUCCGAUCCAUCCGUUUUGAGCCCAGCGGGGCAGGUGUGUUCCGGUUUGGACAGUUCAUCUCUUCCUCGCUGGACGUGGCCUUAGCUCGGAGUUAUGGCAAUGCCACGUUCUUCACCCUGCGCUCCUGCUUUGGCGUCCACAUCGAGUCAUUCUCCACCAUCCCUGCCGAGCGAGAAGUGCUGAUCCCCAUGAGCGAAGUGUUCAACGUCUCCAGUUUCUCCCGGGAGGGGAACCGCAGCAUCUUCCUCCUGCACAGCAUGAACCAGACCUGCAGCCAUUACAACUGCGCCUACCUUGGGGGAGAGAAGUCUCCAGAAUGUGUUGACAACACAGUUGCAGGAAGGAGUGUCAGGGUGUCCAGCAACAUGAGCCCUGUGUUCGUUGGUGGAAUUGUCCUGGUCACCAUUGCUGCUCCGAAACUCUUUGCCAAUUUCAAACUCAUCUUGACUUUGUAAAAAACAAAUAAAAAAAAAUGUCUCAUAAAAAUAAAUGGAGGUGAGGUCCUUUAC